GCGUCGGCGGCCUGUCGCCAACUUCAGGCGGCAUGUGACGUCACAAAUCCACGCGCGAAUGACGUUUGUAGGUUAUUGCCGGAAAGUGAGGAAGAGAAUAGUUUCGCAUUUAGCUGUAAGGAGAAGAAUAAACGUCACUGGCAAUCAGAUUUUAAAAUUUCUAUUGUUCUUCUCCUUCUCUUUCCUUGGUUAGAGUGUUUGGAUCAGCAUUUGUUACUUCUUACAUGCAUAUUGUUGUUUCUUAGUCUUUUAUUUAUUUUUUUUAUCAACUUUUGGUUUGUUGCAAGCAGAUAAGAGACUUGAAUCUCACGGCUUGACGAUUUACUAAUAUGCAACGUAACAUAUUGAGGCCUCUGACAAAUUGUUACAUAUCAUCGUCGCAGAAACGAUGCUACAGUAAGCAGCAGGUUCGGGUUCGAUUUGCACCUAGUCCAACCGGACACCUGCAUCUCGGAGGUCUGCGAACAGCUCUAUAUAAUUACCUGUUUGCCCGUUCUAACAACGGCAGUUUCAUACUGCGGAUUGAAGAUACGGAUCAAACGAGAUUGGUUCCAGAUGCAAUCAAAAAACUGCAGGAUGAUCUUCUCUGGGCAGGAAUUAUCCCUGACGAGGAUCCGACGAGAGGCGGACCAAAAGGGCCAUACCUCCAGUCAAAGCGCCUCGAGCUGUACAAUGAGCAGGUCGAGACUCUUCUGAAAAACGGAUCCGCCUACAGGUGUUUCUGUACUGAUCGCAGGCUAGAUCUUCUGAGACGUGAGGCGCUUAGGCUCAGACAGAUUCCAAGGUACGACAAUAAAUGUCGCCACCUUGCCAAGGAGGAUUUGGCAGAGAAAUUGAGAAGAGAAGAGCCCUACUGCAUCAGGUUCAAGCUCGUCGGGAAUAUUAAUUCCUUCGACGACCUUGUUUACGGGCCUACGAGUUACGAUGUGGCGCAAAAUGAAGGGGAUCCGGUAAUCAUCAAGUCCGACAAGUAUCCAACUUACCACUUCGCCAACGUGGUGGACGAUCACUUCAUGGAGAUAUCGCACGUCCUGCGUGGUGUUGAGUGGCUCAUGUCGACGCAGAAGCAUAUAUUGAUGUAUCGGGCUUUCGGAUGGACGCCGCCGCUGUUCGCACAUCUUCCACUGAUCCUCAAUCCAGACGGUUCGAAACUGUCCAAAAGACAGGGGGACAUAAGGGUCGAGAACUAUAGACAGAGUGGAAUAUUCCCACUUGCUUUGCUCAACUUCAUAACUCAUGCUGGCGGUGGUUUCAACAGGGCACACGGUAGGGAGCAGCGAUGCUACAGCUACGGGGAGCUGAUAAAGCAGUUCGAUUUGUCUGCUGUGAAUGUCAACUCCUGCAAACUGCUACCCGAGAAGCUAUUGGAGUUCAAUAAGCUGGAGAUAUCGCAGCUCCUUGAGGAGGAGAACAACGCAAAGUUCCUUAUCAACAAAGUCGUUAGGCUGGUCAGUGACGCGUUUCCCGACAGAUCGAAGGACGGCACUCUGCAGCUGGACGAGAAUCACGUUCACGACGUUCUCAAUUGGGCCAAGAAUAGGAUAUCAAAACUUGAAGACCUAGUCAGCGGUGAGCUGGCUUUUCUAUGGGUGGUUCCUCCCCCCUCGACUUCAGCCAUUAGCCAAAGCCCCACCGAAUAUUUGAGAAUACUGGAGGAGUUUGAUAGGCAGCUAGCUUCCAAAGACGCGGAUUUCUUCCGAAAAGAGAGUCUGAAAGACUGGUUGAGGAAUUUCGCUGACACAAACGAUAUUCCGUUUGAAAAAUUCAUGAGAUUAUUGCGCAGCGUCCUAAGCGGCUUGAAGGAGGGUCCAAGCGUGGCUGAGAUGAUUGAGAUUUUAGGCCAGAACGCGACUCUGGAUCGCGUGAAACGAGCUCUUUCCUAGAAAACAAAAACGAGGACUCAAGCAGAUUUUGUGUAUAUAAUAUUAUCGAUGGUUGUACAGAUUUCGAAUAAUUGUUAAUGCUGUUUUUAUCGUAAGUAGAAAAAAGAAAUACAAAAUCAAAUGACAAAAUAAACCUUUUGUAAAUAUACUUAACUGCGUACUUCUGCCCAAAGAAUUUUAUAGACACACUCGCAUGAAUUUCAUGUUUUCACUUGAAAAAAAGCCGGUGAAAUGAAUAAUUAAAAAUAAAAAAACCAUUAUACCAGCUUAAAUAUAACAUCGAAUGUUUUUCUUUGGUAGUUCUUGUUCUCGUUGUACCUAUUAAUCCUAUGCCACUUUAGUCUCCUAGCACUAGUCCUCUAUUUACUUGUAGUUUUCAUUUUCCGUCGACGAUUCGAGGGUAAAAUUAUUGACUCACAUGGAACGUGGACGGUUUUUUCUUUUCUAUUUUUUAACACACUUUGGCUGAGCUGUAACAGUAAGGAAUAGGAAAUUAAGCGUUUCAUUAACAACAAAAUAGAGUUCGAAAUGUCAAGAAGUUUAUUAUUAUUAUCAUUCAACCUUUGGUAUAAUGUAACUGUUGUAUGUACCGGCUCAAUCGUUAUAUUGAUCGACGUACGAAUAAGAAUAAUAAGAAUAACAACAGUUGUAAUAAGAAUAACACUAGGAACAAGAAAAAUCGUGCGUAUUUAUAAUAUCAUAGCAUAGCGCGAUAUAGUAUUAAAAGAUAUUGCCGGAAGAGUUCGAAUCUAAAUUCACUAUACAAAUACAGUUUCUGUCAACGCAUAAAUAUAUCUGAAGAAGUAGCCAGGACUAAGAAGAAGGAUCGACGAGUCGCACGUUUAUCGGUAAG